AUGGCUAAUAACUUUGAUGCAAUGGAUACUUUUUUAGAACCGCUUGAUCUUGAAAAUGAGCUUGAUGAUAUUGAACCAAAACACUUUGAACCAAAAAAGCCUGGCAAAAAAAAGAACGGAGUAUGGAAUUAUUUUAUUGAAGAAGAAAGUAGAAAAGGUGGUCAUUUAGCCUGUGUUUGUAUAUAUUGUGGAGAUGCUUGGAAUAGAGGCAGAAUUCCAGAUAUGAUGGCGCAUUUAGCAUUACAAUUAAAGAAUUUAUGUGCUGGUUAUCAGCUUCCAGAUAGAAAGACAUUAAGUAAUACUUGGCUUAAUAAUAAGGCAGUAAGAGUUACUGUUAAUAUGGAGGAAAUACUCGAGAGACAAGAAAAUCUUUCUUUAGUCAUUACUUCUGAAAGAAAAGAAUAUGUAAUUAAAGUCAAGGAUUAUUCUAAAGACUCACAUACUGGUCUUUUUACUGCUCAAGAAAUAAAGAAAAUUCUUACAGACAUAGGUUCACAACGUUUUUCUUCAAUGUUGAUUGAUAAUUCAAAAGCAAUGAAUCAAUCCUUACGAAUCUUGGUAAAUAAUCGAAAUUUUUGGUCAAAUGUUGAAGCUCUUGCAAACAUUUUGGAACCUGCAAAAAAUGCUGUAAAAAGCGUUGAAUGCAAGAAUACAACCAUGGCAGAUGUUUUUUUUGCACUUAUUCAAAUGGCCAUUUCAAUUAAAGCUUUACCUACUGAAACAUCAGAGGAAUUGAAAGAAUUUCGUCAAAAAUGUAUCCAAUUUUAUAAUUAUAGAUGGAAACAAUUUGAUUUUGAAUUAUACUUACUAGCUUAUUUUUUACAUUCCAAGUAUCGUGGAAAGGGUUUAAUACCUGAAACAUAUUAAAUAAUUCAAAGAAAAGCAUUAACUUUAUGGCAAAAAAUUGGUGGA